AUGAAAGUAUAUUCUAACUUCGUGGUCUACUUGUUUCCGAACGCGCACCCCAGAAUCGCCUCUCCAAUUACAGCCGAGGUCGCGUCUCGAGUCACCAAGAAAGAUAUCAACAACAGGAACAAGAUAUCAAUUCGGAUAAUGAGCUAUCCCAGACACUCCCUCCUUUAUUUUUCAUCACAACCUUUUCAGUCACCUAGUAUAGGCCCUCUCUCAUAUCACCGUUACCGGUUCACAAGGAACUAUAAACCAGCAGCAUUACAUGAUGGCUUGAAGCUAAGAAGUCCUCAAUGUAAACGAGGAGGUGACGCUCAGGCCCGGCGCCCAACCACAACCAAAACCAGCUCUAUAUCUCGAUAUCAACCUGUUGCGCUUUUGCUUCCGCCCAGUCUCCUGCUAUUCAUCACUGUUCUAGAUGCUAUCCUUCAUUUGGCGGACGAUAAAACCAUCGUGGGGGAGACAAUUGGACGGGUGAGUGUCGUCUUAUGUUCUGACGAUGCUGGCGAUUGA